AUGGAAUCACGAAUAAAACGCCGGGCACAAAAACGAGAGAAACAAAAAUCUCGAAACGCGUCAAUCGAGGAACAAGAAUGGCGUAAAAUUUCGUUGGUUACGCCGCCUUUACCAAGUUCUUUUAUUUCUGAAAAAACCAUAAAGGGACUCAAAAAAGGAAUAGUGGAAAUAGCCGAUCUCGUAAUAGUUAAUAAAGCUGAUG